AUGGGUUGCCUCGGCCGCUUCAGGAGCAAGAUCAGGGCAGGCAAGGGCAAGGGCAAGAGACCGCACGGGAGGCCGGUGCCGGGGCCGGGCGCGUCGUUCACUUCCGAGGCCACCUGCUCGACGGCGUCCUCGUCGGCCGCGGCCACGAGCCAGUCUCAGUCCCAAGACUCGGGCGCGACCGUGAGGCCCGGCGGGAGCAAGUCGUCGGGGUCGGCCUCGUCGGCGCGGAGCAUCCCGGAGCUGUACGAGGAGCGGGGCGCGAGCAGCCUGCGCGAGUUCGGCCUCCGGGAGCUCCACGCCGCCACCAGCGACUUCAGCCGGCUGCUCAAAAUCGGCGAGGGCGGCUUCGGGAGCGUCUACAAGGGGGUCGUCCGCCUGCCCGGUGGCCCCGCCGGCGGCACCGUGGUGGCCAUCAAAAGGCUCAACACCAGCGGCCACCAGGGGCAUAAGCAGUGGCUGGCAGAAGUUCAUUUUCUAGGGGUUGUCGAGCACCCGAACCUCGUCAAGCUCAUCGGUUACUGUGCUGCCCGUGACGAAAGAGGUCCUCAGAGGCUGCUUGUCUACGAGUUCAUGACGAACAAAACCCUGGAUGAUCAUCUAUUCAAUCGAGCGUACCCUGUUCUUCCAUGGGGCGUCAGGUUGGAAAUAGUAUUUGGCGCUGCUCAGGGUUUGAUGUAUCUCCAUGAAGGGUUGGAGGUUCAGAUCAUAUAUCGUGAUUUCAAAGCUUCCAAUGUUCUGCUGGAUGAGGAGUUUAGACCAAAACUUUCAGACUUUGGAUUAGCGAGGGAAGGGCCAUCAGCAGAUCAAACUCAUGUGUCUACAGCGGUUAUGGGGACCUAUGGUUAUGCGGCUCCAGACUACGUUGCGACAGGUCAUCUCACCACCAAGAGUGAUGUUUGGAGUUUUGGAGUAGUACUCUAUGAGAUCCUCACCGGACGACGUUCUAUGGAAAAGAACCGCCCCAAGAAUGAGCAGAAACUGCUGGAAUGGGUAAAGCAGUAUCCUGUUGGAAGUAAGCAGUUCAACAAGAUUAUAGAUACAAGACUCGAAGGCCGUUACUCUAGGCAGGGAACUAGAGAAAUUGCUAAGUUGGCCAACACCUGCCUUGCGAAGCGCUCAAGGGACCGUCCAACGAUGAGACAGGUGGCUGACAGCCUAAAGCAAGUGAUGCAGCUCAAGCAGUUGGAUGGUGAAAGUGUUGCAUCAGGGGACAACUCGCCACCUCAUGAUGUGCAGGGUAAGCCAACAGCAGACGAUAUUGCCGUGGCUUCAGCAAGGCGGCGGAUGCUUCACCUUGCUGCUCUAGGUGAAAAUGGAAACAGCAUCGCAAGGAGGAGAUUCAUGUUCAUGAAGGCUGCCGCCGCUCCAACUCCGACGUGA